AAGGCGCCUCUCUGGCACAGUACAGCACCUGGCUGGCACACAGCCCUGGAGUGCCUUCCGCUGGUAGCUAGGGGACUAGAGCUGUGAUAAUUUUCUUUUUCUUUUCCUAUUUAUUUUGUUUUUGAAUGUGUGCGUUCUAACGAAAGAAAAAAACGAAAUUCUUCUCGACCAGUCUCAUGUGAAACCAGCCACAUGAUCAAAACGAUGACUGGGCCGUUGAGAUACCAGUUUGCAAUUAUAACCGCAUAUCAUCUGGCCUGCGUCUUGGUACUAGCUUCCGAGGUUCCACACGACCUUGUAAGGCGCCAGGCCGAUGAAGAUGCGUCGCAGAUCGUCUUUUCCAACAGCAAUCCAUCACAGAAUUCUCUGAACGGCGACCCCUCGAGUGACCCACAGAAAGUCGAGAUAAGGCCCUCAGACUGGAGGUUCCUGGAGCUGCUGCAGGUCAACAGCUCUGCGCCUCAGAAUAUCAUAGAAGCAGAAAACAACCCCGACGAAUGGCAUGCCUUGGCCUCCACGCUCCUUCACCAUUCCUUCGUCGCUGAUCAGAUUAUGCAGUAUCAACUUUCGCGCUUGCUUGGAGAUGGAGAGGCAGAGACCAACUCCUCGUACGUGCCUUAUUACCUCGACCAGUCGGCAAGGCUAGUGGCCGGUCUCAAUGAUUCGGCGCCUGACGAUUUGUUCCAGAGCAUGGGUAUGAUGGUAGUGGGACAGCCUUGUUUGACCUCCAGCAACAAAGGUCACGUCUCUGCCCUGCUGGUGGCUCUAUCCGAUGUCCCCUCACCCAUUGUCCAGAUAGACCAAAAGGUCACAGACAAAGACGAGAGCGAGGAUCCCCUCAACAGUCAGAAAGUGGAAGUUGAAUACCUAGGCGGAGUCUACGAUAAUACAGACGAACUGUCCAGCUUGAAUAGUUCUUCGAUGUCGUACCUUAUGUUCCUCCUCACAGGCAGGAUCGACAAGAGGUCUAUAUCUGUCAGAGUGGAUCAGGACAUGACGGUGGUGAGGAACUGUACCGACGAAUGCGAUAUAACAACGACCGAGAUGCCUACAACGACACCAACUGAGACUCCUACGACGACCGUUAUAACAGAGACAAGUACGACAGUCCCAACAACAGAGACCACUGAAACGUCUAUACCCUCAAGUACACCGGAAACUACUACUUUCACUUUGCCGAGCACAACAACAACAACUGGUCCAAUUAUUGUUGAGCCCAUAGAUCCGAUUCCCGAGGAGGAAGUCGAUACCAUUGUGCAAGUGAUCGAGAACAUUGAUUGCCUUGACUGCAAUGAAACUGCGUCAGGGUAUUCCCAGAGUGUUAUCAUCGAAAAUUCAUAUGAAAUGGAUGAUUUCGAAAAAGCUCUGAGCAGGCUGCAGGAGAGCGAGAGUGGCCAUUGUGUGAUAGAAGCUGUGUAUUCACAAGGCGUCAACAGCACAGCGAACGCAACUUGGUACUACAUGGAUCAGCGUGAACUAGUCUGGACGGAAGUAGAGGAAGAAUACGAGAGGGAUAUCCACAUUGGUCACGGUCUGGUGGUGAUUCUGCCUCUGAUAUCGAACAAUGGGUCUGUGAGUUACGUCAUCCUUGCGAAGACUUACGUCGAUGAGCCCGCGAGCCCCAUCGUGCAGAUCCAGCAGGCGUUCAUAGACCACAGCGGAUGUGGCUGCGUGGAUGAGAAUGUCAAUGAAGACGAAACUAAUGUAACACAUUAUGUUUCACAGCACUUCGAGCACAGAUAUAACUACAGCGACCUCGCACUAGACCUGGAUUCCAUGACCGACUACAUCAAAAUGCUCGAGGCUGUCCCGCCCUUCGAGCGCCAGUACAUAGAUAUCAUUGCCUUCAAUGAAAUCGAGGGGCCCGAUUGCAAUGAGACGACAACCACAAUGGAAACAACCAGCACGGUGGAAACAACUACGCCAGAGGAAACUACUACCACGGUGGAAACAACCACGCCAGAGGAAACUACCACGGUGGGAACAACUACCACGGUGGAAACAACCACGCGUAUGUAAAUCCUUUUUCUAAUA